AUGGUUGGAAGUGCUUCUUUGGGAUUCUCCGAGCUUGUUGUUAUAGGAGCUCGCGUGGAAUAUGGUGUAAGGAAUGGCAAACUGGCGGCUGUAGCUGAAACUUCAAAUGUUAAUCCGAAGAAGUUCUCUGGAGGGUUUCCUAGAAAGAAAAAAGGGGAAACAAAUGAUGUGACAACUGGUCAGGGAAGAGCUCCCCUAAGAAGGAGACCACAACAAUAUCCACCUCAGCAGUAUGUUCAACAACCAAUUCCCUAUCAGCCACCCAUGUAUCCCGUCCAGUAUGCUCUACAACCGUACGUGGCUGCUGUGACGCCUGCGUUCAAUCAACAGCCUGCUCAGGCUUAUCAAGCGCCUCCAGUCUAUCGACCAGCUCCAGUUCAACAACGUGCUGCGGCUCCGCCAGUUUAUCAACAAGCACCAGCAGCUCCUGUUUAUCAACAACCAAGAGCUCAAGCGCCGAGGCAGAAUGCUCAAAACCAAAAUAGGAGACAAGGGGAGAGGGCGACCUUCAAUCCAAUCCUGAUGUCCUACACCGAGCUUUAUCCCUCCUUGUUGCAAAAGGGGUUGGUAGUUUCCAGACCUAUGGGACCACCACCUGAUCGUCUUCCUCCAUGGUACAACCCUAAUGCACACUGCCCUUUUCAUGAAGGUGCCCCCGGGCAUGACUUAGAGGGUUGUUACGCUCUGAAGCAUAGGGUUCGGGAAUUGAUUGAGAGCAAGAUCUUGUCUUUUAAAGACAUGGGACCGAAUGUAAAGAAAAAUCCCCUUCCUUCCCAUGAAAAUCCUGGAGUCAACGCCAUUGAAGACGCUUCUGUUGGUGUUACGGUUGAUAAGGUGGAGGAUGUUAAGACUCCUUUGGCAGCAUUCCAUGCCCGAUUGGUGGAAGUUGGCCUGGUUGAUGUCGAUCAUGACGACUGUGAAGAGUGUGCCACACACCUAAGAGGAUGUCAGGUGGUACGAGAUAAUAUCCAAAACUUGAUGGAUGAAGGAGUGCUUCAAAUAUCAAAUGUUGUGAAGAAUGAGGAUGUGUUGGUGAUUGAACCUUGUUUCAAUUUACCUGAACCAGUCGAAAUCCCAUAUUAUAGUGAUGGAGUGGUCUCGGUAAACAGUAAGCCAUCGCCUGUCGAGAUAUGUAUGCCCACGCCUUUUCCCUACGAGAGCACCAAGGUUGUGCCUUGGAAAUAUAAGAUUACUGCUGUGGAUAAGGUUGUUGAAGGAAGUUCAGACGUUGAGGUGACAGAAGCUGUAAGUGAAGACGUCACAAAUAUUGCAGGAAUGAGCAGAAUGACCCGUAGUGGUCGAAUCUAUACACCCGAAUUCAAUGUGACCCCCCAAGGGCCAAACAAGGAAUCAACGGUUGUAGCUCCCACUAAAGAACCCGAAGUGGUUCAAUCCGAAGAUGUUGUUGAAUUCUUGAAGUUAAUCAAGAAAAGUGACUACAAGGUUAUGGACCAGUUGCCUCAAACACCAUCUAAGAUCUAUAUUCUGUCUUUGCUAUUGAACUCCCAAGCCCAUAGGGAGGCUUUGUUAAAGGUGCUUGCUCAAGCUCAUGUAACACAAAGAAUAACAGUAGACCAAUUUGAUGGAGUGGUUGCAAACAUCACAGCUUGCAACACUUUGAGCUUCAGUAGAGAGGAAUUACCUGAGGAUGGACAAAAUCAUAAUUGGGCAGUCACCUCCACCUUACAUCAGAAGAUGAAGUUUGUAGUGGACAAUCAACUAAUCAUCAUUUCUGGAGAAGAGGACUUUGUGGUCAGUCACCUUUCAUCCUUUAGAUAUAUCGAGGCUGAUGAGGACGCUUUGGAAACUUCUUUCCAAGCUCUUGAAAUAGCCAAUGCCACUUUUGUGGAGAUGAAGGACCCUGUUGGGAAAGCUUGUUCAUCUUUCACUUCUCUGAAAAGCGCAAAGUCUAGCAUUGAAGGAGGAAACCCUGAAGGUUGCGGUCAGCUUAUUGACAUUCGUGAGAAGCAUGAUCAUUUUGGUUUGGGAUAUGUGCCUUCCGCUGCGAAAUGA